AUGCACAAUCAUGGACUAAAGGAGGGAGGAUUCAUUGAAGAGGAAGUCAAAAGAGUGCUUCAUUUAGGCUUCUUGUGCGCAAGUCGAGAUCCUAAUUCUAGGCCAACAAUUACACGAGUCAUGACAUUAUUCGAAGGGAAGAACAAGUUAUUUGAGUCCGAAGUCAAGGAUAUGGACAUAUACCUCAUAGACAAGAUGAAACCAAAAGAAAGUAGGUCAAUUAUUCCCAAAAUUUCAGUACAGAAUAAGUGGAAGGAUAUCUUUAGAGAUAUACCCUUCGGUUUUGAAGGAAGGUGGUGUUUGACUUUGAUACUGAGAGGGCGUUUGUUCGAUCCAUCGAGCUUUUGGUCAUAUUUUUAUGAGAAAUGUGAAUUGCAAAGGGAUUUUGGUGGAAAAUCUUGA